GAAGCGUCCGGGAACUCGUCUUUUCGUUUUCCGGCCUGAGUACGCUCUCCUGGUAGUUUGGUUUGGAGCAUCUUUUCUAGGCCGUCAGCGCGUCCUAGUUUGAGACGCGGACUUUCCGGCAUUCCUGUAACAGCUUCCGCCUCUACCUGCCUGUCAAUACUCUGUUUCUGACGCUGUGUCGCCCUCGAAGGCUACCGAGCUUUAGAGAUACUAGGAGGACUCCUACGGUAACCAACAUCAGUCCGCCAAGAUGGCGAUGCAAGCGGCCAAGAGGGCGAAUAUUCGCCUCCCACCUGAAGUAAACCGGAUUUUGUAUAUAAGGAAUUUGCCAUACAAAAUCACAGCAGAAGAAAUGUAUGAUAUAUUCGGGAAGUAUGGACCUAUUCGUCAAAUCAGAGUAGGAAAUACACCUGAAACCAGAGGAACAGCCUAUGUAGUCUACGAAGACAUCUUCGAUGCUAAGAAUGCAUGUGACCACCUGUCGGGAUUCAACGUUUGUAACAGAUACCUCGUGGUUUUGUAUUAUAACGCUAACCGGGCAUUCCAGAAGAUGGACACCAAGAAGAAGGAGGAGCAGCUGAAGCUUCUCAAGGAAAAGUAUGGCAUCAACACAGACCCUCCCAAAUGAUUGACAGCCCUGUGUGGCCCCCGUUACCUUUUUUCUUUUUAGUUAAUGCUGAAUAUUAUGAUUUCUUAUUUGAGACCUAGAAUGACUUGUUUGAAACUUUUCUAAGCAUUAGAAUAUAUUAUGUUAAUAAACUUGUAGCCUU